AUGUCACCCAUGCCCCCAGAUAUGCUAGCACAUCCCAGCAACCAAAACGCAAUACCGCAUUUUCCAUCUUCUUACACUACUAUCUAUCCAACGCAAACAAACACUGAACAUCUCCGCGAACCCACCACACUUCCUCGCCCAAGCCACUCCCGCACAGCACACACUACGGAACCAAAUCACUUCCCCAUACCCCAAAUCCAAGGCAUAGUCCCCGGCUUCCGCCGCGCUCACCCCAGCACUCACAUCUCACAUUCACUCUCCCUAUCAACCCCCACAACCCGCGAUAUCCUCCAAACACUCCACGCAACCAAAUCCCCAACCACAACAAAGACAACAACAAAACAAUCUUCCUACCCCCGCCCCUCCCCCCCAAACUUCCUCCACCCCUUCCCAAUCGUCCCAUACACAACCCUCCCUUGCACCACCAAUCACACUCUUUACAGAGACAAAGCGAUGGCAGACGCACCACCCCUCUCCCUCUCCACCACCCUGCCUAUAGGCCUAAAACUGCUGUUUUUGGGCACGCUGUGUGCUGCGGUGCUGGGGCUGGCGUGGGUGGUGGUGGUGUGGUGUGUGGUUUGUUUGCCGCAGCGUCGCGACGGCGACGGCGACCAAGAAGCGCAGCUUCACCACAAAGAAACAUGGCAGAGCGACCAAGGAAGGCAGUGGAGCGACAAAGAAGUGAAGCCCAGCAGCAAAGUACAACGUAACAGAAGCAACCACACGCAGCGGAGCCUAGGAGAAGCAGACGAAGGCAUGAAAGAUAUGAGAGAGAUGGGAGACGUAGCGAAUCCCUUCGCCGACCACGCAAACAUGAAUGAAGAUGAGGAUACAAGUGCAGCGUUGAGUUCAGGGGUGCAAAGACCGGGUACAUCGCGGUUUCGCGGGCGGAAGGAUGGAGCGGUGGGGUCGCUGUGGAAUCCGUUUUUGGAUCCACCGGGGGAGGGGGAGGGAAGUGGAAGUGGAAGUGGGGGGAGGACGGACGAGGAGUGGGAAAGGGCGCGGGCGGUGUUUUUUGGGGAGGUGGAGGAUGCUAGGGGUGAGAUAGAGGUGGAGAUGAGGGAUUUGCCUUGUGGGCAAGUGAAUGAUGUGGAGGCAACCGCACUGAAAAAGGGUGAUCGGCGGAGCGGUUUUGCGGCGGUUGUGAGAAGAGGAAUCGAGAUGCUGGAUGAGGGGGUGGGUAUGGUGGAUGGGGUUGUGGAUGAUGCGGUUGCUGCAGUGGCGAGGUGGACGGAUGAUGAGCGAUAG